AAAGCAGCUGUUGUUUUUUUGCAUUCACUCUUGGAGAUUUUUUAAUUUCGCAAACUAAAUAAGUAAUGCCCUGUGCCAUGGACCUGCCCAGCACGCCCGAAGAACUGGCCGCCCAGCACAGGGACAGCGCUGGCCUCAAGGACCUUCUGAAGGAUCCCAGUCGCUGGCACUCGAUUCCCCUGCUGAACUACACGCCGCUGCACAAGCUGAAGGAUCAGACUCUGGUGCGGUUUCGCGGCAUGAUCCAGGACAUGAUGGACCCGGAGAUCUACCUGGAGCGCUACGAGGUGAAGUCACCCGAUGGCGGCAAGCGCCUGCAGGACGGAAAGUACAGGGACUGCCUGAAACUGGCCACCGGCGAGGAGAUCGAUUACAAUGCCGAGGGAAAUGUGCAUGGCGAACGGCGAACCAUGUUUGUGGUCUCCGUGCCGGGCCUGAAUGAUUGGAGCAAGGAGCACGAGAAGCUGUGCUGUCCACAGAUCCAGUUGGUACCUCCUGCUCAAUCUCCUAGCUCGGCGAAAAAGAGAACUUUGGAUGAACAGGAUGCCAUGGAGGUGGACGGCGAAGGUGAAACCAGCUUUAAGCGGCCAUGUACGACGGUUGAGGAGCCAGUGACUGCCUCUAAAGGAUCUUCUUCUCUCGGCUCCGAGUAUCUGCUUAAUUCUCCGCUGCCUGGUCGUCCCAGCAUGGCCUGCAUGGUGAAGGUUUAUGAGGACUUCGACACCUAUCAGCUCAACUCGCUGGUCGACUUUGUGGGCUUUUUAUCAGUAUCCUCGCUGGAUGUCGCUACCCUGGACAUCGACGACUGCGAAAACCUAAGUGAACUGCAGGCAGCUCAUCCUUCGCCUUUUCUGAUACCCCGACUACAUGCCUUUGGCGUCCAGAUGCUGCCGCAUGCCAAUCCGCUGCUGGACAAAAGCCUGCGACAGCCCAUUGAGCCAUGUGAAGAGGUGAAUCCUUCCCAGCUGGCUGUGCACAAGGAUCUGCGAAUGCUCCUUAAACUGUGCCUCUUUGACGACGAUCUGGCUGCCGAGUAUUUGCUCUCGCAUUUAAUUUCAUCAGUCUACAGCCGUUCCGAGAUGCAGAGCAUCGGCAAGUUUGCCCUGAACCUGUGUAAUCUGCCCAAGGAAUGUCUGGAGUACUCAACCCAGCUGUACGAAAUUCUGGAGCUGCUACUGCCGGCCAGCCAUCGCCUUCCGAUGACUCUGGAGGCAUUGAACACGGCUGCCUUCGCUCCAAAGAAGGAUUAUGAGACCAACAAGCUGGUCUCCGGCGUACUGCAGUUGGCGCCCCACACGCAUCUCGUGCUCGACGAGACGUGCAUGCAACAGGGUAAACUGGAGGCCAAUGGCGUUCAUGCCAUCCAACAUUUGGCCCAUCUCAUCAACAACCAGGAGCUUAAGUGCGACUUUCAGUAUUACCAAAUAGACUACCAUGCGAACAUUCCGGUUCUCGUCCUCAGUGAAGGUCGCAGUAUGUUGCCGAGCGACUUCAUAAUGCCCAUAAAUGCUGAUGCAAAGGCCGUGGAACUCUUCGCAGAAUCUCUGAAGGCAGCCCGCCACUAUCUUCAAGCGCCGCGGCUGCAGCAGUUUCGCAAGUAUUUAACAACAGCCCGGAUUAGCCCCUUCAGCGUCAGCGAGGAGCACACUGAAAUGAUCCAACAGGACUUUGUGGAUAUGCGGAAGGCUAAUGCGAAAAGUAAUGCCGAUGAUCUGCAUGGAUUGUUGGUCCUUUCGCGACUACUGGGCAUUGCCAGGGGCAAAGAUACUUUGGAUAAAGAAACCUGGCAAAUGGCAACUGAAUUUGAAGCCAAGCGUCGCCAGCGCCUUCAAUCCCUACCGAAAUCAGCUGCACUAACGCGCAAUUAAGUAGGAUUUCUUUUUAGAAUUUACGCUUUUUAUUUGUAUUAUUUUAAGCUGUCAACAAAGAAAUUAUACAUAUAUCCUGAAAAAGUA